GAAGCAUAAACACACAUCGACUAAUAAGGGAAAUUUCCCUCAUKAUGAUGCAUCGACCCCCACAGGAACGCAGCAAUUCAGAGGGUGAUGAAGAUCUUGAUGAAGAAAUAUGGUUUACUGUUCCAGAGGAAAUGGUUGGAUAUGCAAUUGGUAAAAACGGCCAAACGAAAAACAGGAUUAUGGAACAAACGAAUACCUACAUAAAAACUAAAAGACAUGAGGACGACCAAACAUACUUCAUUAUACGAGGAACAAGAGAAAACCAGUAUUCAGCAAAACUAUUCAUCAAGCAAACUGUUAAUACUGGUAUUCUUAGAAAUCGUGGCUUAGAGACUUUAAGAUUCCCAGUUAUUGACUCCGAAAGUGGUAAAUUUGCACUAAAACUGGUUGAAAAGAGAGAUGAUCGUMAUACCAAGAAAAGAUUAUUCGAACUUGUUUUAAAAAACUCGUCUGGCGAUAUGGGGGGGAAUGCAGACUACAGCUUCCUCUCAGAUCAAAUAUCCCAGAUUUUACGACAAAAUAAGGAAACAAAUCGUGCCAGUAAGAUCUGGUGUCACUUUGGUCACAUUUACUUAACAAACAUUCAGCCAGACGAAGAAGUCAAGGUGUAUAACCCUGAAGAAUUGAAGAACCAUUUGAUGCCCAGAAGGUUCUGUUCGCAAGAAGUUACUUCAGAAGUUACAAAAUGGCAGCAAAAGUUCUUCGGUUACAUACAAAACCAAGACGAGGAGACAUCUUUCAGUCAACUAGAGAGAUGGCUGUCCUCACAAUCCAAAACGAGUCCUUACUUAGCCUUUCAUCGUUAUGAGUUUACAUAUCUUACUCCGUCCUGUAGAGAAAUACGAAUUAAGGUUUUCGUUGAUGUUAAACAACAUGAUUCUCAGUUGUCCUUUGAAAAUGCCCCGAGUCCUGUGGAAGUUAAAAAUGUUCUGAAGUGCUCGGAUUCCUUUCCUUAUUUUUAUAUCUGCGAGUCUACUGCGAAACGAGCUGUGGUGGACAUUAUCGAGCCAUUGGGACCGGAUUUUCGUUUAACUACUGAAGCAAAUCUUACUUCAUGCCCAGAAGAUGAGGAACUGCGCGAGGAGGUUGACAUUUUAUACAAUUACGUCUAUGAAAACGUGAUUAUUAACCCAGAUGGUAAAGUGGACCUCCCUCAAAAUGACGUACCAGAAGACUUUGAUCUGCACUACUCACGCAUGUCUGAACGAAAAAUAUAUACCGUAACAUCAGACGAUGAUGAGCAGUUUGACGUAAUAAUCUGCUAUGAGAGUCCUCGCGACAUUAAAAAAGGCGAUUACAAAGACACACCAAACGUGGUUGAUAUCCACCUCUUUUAUCAUGAAUGGGAAAACCAAUUCAAAAGCAAUUCGUGGGAUCCACAGGAGAUCGUCGACAAGAUUCCACGAUUUAUGGCUUGUGCCAGAAGUCUCUCAAGGGCCCUAAUGGUUGAAAAUACAACACCACCUGAGAUUCUUGCACGGGGUCCAAGAGCGCAGAGAGCUUAUCAAAUGGCACUGGACAGUGGCAAAACCAAAAACCUCCUUGUUCCAGUAAUGCUGGUUGGUCAGUCGCGUGCAGGGAAAACGAGUCUUUUAAGAUCUCUCAAGCGUGAGGAGUUCGAUCCUAACGAAGAUAGUACCGAAGGUGUCAAACUACAUCGCUCUAUUUCCAAGGCAGAAGAAGAAGUUUGGAAAGAAGACGAAACAACAGAAAACGCGUUCACUGAUUGCGCUGCCAAAGUUAUAGCCGAGAACUUGACAGCAUCAACAAGUGACGAAGAAUCAUCGACCCAAGAGGAAGAUGAUGAGAAUCUGAGCUUACCAACUAAUGAAGAAAAUUUACAUCAAAACGUAGAUAUUCUUACCGUCGAGGGAAGGCCGUCCGGCGAUUUAGGUGAGGAUACAAAAGAACAAAAUAGAGAGAGCCCUCUUCAAUUUGAAGCUAUUGAAAUAACGAGUCAAGAAGAACAAGAAACGCCUGAAAAUGCCUCUGAAAACCAAAUGCCUCAAGAAGUCGUAGAAAAGGCAACCUACAUGUUACAGAACUUAAAGGCUAUGGAUGAUGAUGAGUGCAUUCAUUUGAUGACAAUGGAUUUCGCUGGGCAACCCGUCUAUCAGGCUAUUCAUCCAGUGUUCCUUUCUCCAAAGGGAAUCUAUAUAUUGGUGCACAGUUUGAAAAAUGAUGUUCACGAUCUAGCACAACCUGUGGUAAAACGUGGUUCUUUGCAACCGCGUAAAAUCGAUGAUAAUUGUCCAAUGACCAACAUGGAUCAUUUGGAGUUUUGGUUAUCUUUUGUGGCAUCAAAUGCAACUACAAAAGACUAUAAGCCUCAAAAAGAACCACCGAUUCCAGGAUUUAAUCUUCCGAGGAAAUUUCCGCCAGUAUUUUUGGUCUGUACGCAUGCAGAUGAACCUUUUGAAAUGCAAAAUUCAGAAGAGGUUUCUCAAACGAUCCUUGCCCACUUGAAAAGAGAGGAAAAUCCAUCGGGAGAGCAUUUGGUACAUGCUAUAUAUCCUGUUGACAAUACCGUAUCGGGAAGCAGUGAAAAAACAGAAAACAAAUUUGUCAAAAAACUAAGGGAUGAUAUUCGAGUAACAGCUGAAAACCUUCCACAAAUAGGGGAAGACAUUCCAAUCCGUUGGCUAAAGUUUGAAAAGGAGCUUUCAAAAUUGGAGCAUAAAAGAUACAUAACUCUUGAAGAUGCCAAGAAUAUUGCCAAUAAAUGCCAAGUUGAUCUGGAGUCGGAUGAGCUUGACACUCUUUUAAACUAUCUGCACGACUUAAAAGUCAUCAUCUAUUUUGAAGAUACGAACAUGAUCAUCACCGAUACACAGUGGUUGCUUGACAUGUUUGUCAAAGUUAUCACAGUCCAGCCUUUCUUAAAAUGGCAACCGGGUUUUGAAGCCUGUUGGAGAAAGCUCGAAAAUAAAGGGAUUUUAGAGCGAACACUCGUAGAACACCUUUGGAGUGAUGUGGCAGACGAGCACAACACGAUUGAUGUUUUACUUACAGUCAUGGAAAAGUUUUCUUUGUUGUGCAAAUGGAAAUGUUUGGAUGGAUCUGAAGUAUUUCUUGUUCCAGCUAUGCUGGUAAACAGCGCUGCAGAAAGUUGUAACGAGUUACUAGCUGACCAACAGUUAACGAUUCCACUAGUAAUUAAAUUUACGAAAGCACACCUUCCUCUUGGUAUCUUUCCGAGGAUGUUGGUAGCGAUCGCUGAGUUUUGCAACAAGAAACGGCCAGGAUCACCACUCCCAAAAUUCUUCCACAAUUUUUGCAGAUUUUAUGAUGUUGGCGGGGAAAAUGGCUCCUUGGACUUGCUCGUCACAUCUGACAUGAGAACCAUUACUGUUGGUGUCACACCUUUUUCUACCGGCAAUGAUCUUGAUCACGAUUCAGACCUGAUUAUGGACUUCUGCCAGUUGAUUAAAGAUUUCAUUAACAACACCUUGAAUGAUAUGAGAACACACUGUCCUUGGAUGAUGACUAUGGGCUUUGAGUUUGGUAUAUGUUGUCCAAUUUGCUGCCAGUCAUCAAGACCUUGUAGCUGCCACAAAGUCAACGCCUGCAUGCGUGACACGUGCACACAUUUCAUCCCUGAAAAAGAGCUACCUCGUUGUUACAAUGACCCAACAAAUAGCAAAACAUCUAUUAAGGAGGAAUCUUAUCGUCAUUGGUUUCCCAAAACAACAGAAGAUCCAAAUGACCCAGUACUUUUCAGUCUUAUGGAAGCUUUGAAUCUAUCAGACAACAUUUCGAUGCCCGGAGGUAACACAAACCAGGAAUUAGUCACUGUUUGUGGUACGAAAUCGUCACUCAUGCGAAAUAUCGAUGCCGAGAGCUUUGCCAAGCAAUUGGCUGCCCUCCUAAAGCUUGACAAAUCGUCAUUCCAAGAUCCUCCUGAAGAAACUGUAAAGAGCUGUCGAACGAUGUGUAUCUACCUCAAAAAAGAGAGAAGAGUAGACAUAAUUAAGGAACUUAGAAAGAUAUUGCCCAGUGGCAUGACAGGGACACUUACAAAUGAAAAUGUACUAGUGGGAGACAUGAUCGGCAAACUAGAAGACCUUACUCGAUCUUUGUGCGGCAAUGACUUGUGGAAGAAAAUGGCCGAUCACCUCGGCAUUCGUCGCUGCCAUUUUGGGUUUCAUGAAGACAAGAAGAACGCCGCAGAGAGUAUAUUAGAAGAAGUUUGUCGCAAAAGAAGACUUACAAUUGGAGAUUUGUAUGAUGUACUCUGCAAGUGUGAUGUCAAUGCACUUGCUGACGAGUUCUUGUAGCCUUGCGUCGUCCUUUCGUUUAUAUUAGUUUCACUAGACCAAACUAGGACUAUCGAAAAUCACAGAUUUGGAACAAGUGCAUUUUGUUGUAAAAGGUUCCUGCCAAAUCUCCAGCAACUUUUGAUUAUCAGCAAAACCCAACGAUAAAUAUAUUUUCGAGCGCUGUCAUUGGUUCAAAUGUGUCACGUGCAGGACCGAUAUCACACGACACCCCGUUCGAAGUGAUAUCCAUCCAGUUAAUAGAUAUAAAUACGUAAAAACAAAGAGAAAAAAAAGCAUAGGAAAACAAAGAAACUAGGUUUUCACAAACAAGUGAGAGUGAAAUAAAAAACUAGUUGAGAAAACUACGCCAGCAAACCAAAAAAUUCAUUUAAAAAAAACAAUCUGUAGAUGAUGAUUCGUAGCCUUGAGUUAGCUACGUCUAAUCCAGCGGAGUGGUUACAAUAUCUAAUAAAUCCCUACUGGCUCACCUAAAACAAUAUACUCACAAAGGACGUUUCUAGCACAGUUUAAUCUUUUAUUACCGUAUUUACAUGUUUACCUAUUAAACAAGUAAUCCCUUCUGGCUCACCUAAAACAAUAUACUCACAAAGGACGUUUCUAGCACAGUUUAAUCUUUUAUUACCGUAUUUACAUGUUUACCUAUUAAACAAGUAACCGUCCUGGUGUAUCAUGACGUAAGAAGACAGUAAAGAGAAAAGAAUGUUUCUGGACCCAUAUACAUAAUGUGUAACCAAUAGAUUUAAUACAAAGUGAAUACGACCGUUUUAAAA